AUGCCCAUCUGCCUACAAGAUCUCCGAGCAUCUUCAUAUCUGCUUGCAACUCUGACCAUCAAAGAAGAUGAAAUGAAGCUGGACGCCUGUAAUCCUAGCCUUAGGCAGGCAUGGAAAAGGAGGUGGUUCGUGUUGCGAAGUGGCCGUUUGACUGGAGACCCCGAUGUCCUGGAGUAUUACAAAAAUGACCACGCCAAGAAACCUAUCCGGAUUAUUGAUUUAAAUUUAUGUCAGCAAGUUGAUGCUGGGUUGACAUUCAACAAGAAGGAGUUUGAAAACAGCUACAUCUUUGAUAUCAACACCAUUGACCGGAUUUUCUACUUGGUCGCAGACAGUGAGGAGGACAUGAACAAGUGGGUCCGUUGUAUUUGUGACAUCUGUGGCUUCAAUCCCACAGAAGAAGAUCCCGUGAAGCCCCUUGGCAACUCCUCCCAAGCACCGGUUGAUUCGCCUUUUGCUGUAAGUACAGCACCAGCCUCCACCCAGCUGGAAGCCUCUUCAGUCACGCUACCUCCUUCUUACCAGCUCAUCAGCCUCCCGCCUCACCCAGAGACUCUAGGCCUCCAGGAUGACCCACAAGACUACCUCUUGCUGAUCAACUGUCAAAGCAAGAAGCCCGAACCCACCAGAACCCACGUUGAUUCUGCAAAGCUCACCUCCUCCGAGACAGACUGCAAUGACAACGUCCCUUCCCAUAAAACUCCCGCUUCCUCCCAGAGCAAGCAUGGGAUGAAUGGCUUUUUUCAGCAGCAAAUGCUGUAUGACUGCCCACCAUCCCGGGCUGCAUCCGUCUCUGUAGACUCCAGCCUCUAUAACCUGCCCAGGAGUUAUUCCCAUGACGUGUUGCCAAAGGAAUCUCCGUCAAGUACUGAAGCAGAUGGAGAGCUUUACGUCUUUAAUACCCCAUCUGGGACUUCGAGUGUAGAAGCUCAGAUGAGACAUGUAUCAAUCAGUUACGACAUUCCACCAACACCUGGUAACACUUACCAGAUUCCAAGGACAUUUCCAGAAGGCACGCUGGGACAGUCAUCAAAGCUGGACACCAUUCCUGAUAUUCCCCCACCUCGGCCACCAAAGCCACAUCCAACUCAUGACCGGUCUCCUGUGGAAACGUGUGGCACCCCACGCACAGCCUCAGACACCGACAGCAGUUACUGUGUCCCUACAGCUGGCAUGCCACCCUCCCGGAGUAAUACCAUUUCCACCGUGGAUUUGAACAAGUUACGGAAAGAUGCUAGUUCUCAAGAUUGCUAUGAUAUUCCACGAACCUUUCCAAGCGAUAGAUCUAGUUCCCUGGAAGGCUUCCAUAACCAGUCUAAAAUCAAAAAUGUGUUGACAGUGGGAAGUGUCUCAAGUGAAGAACUGGAUGAAAACUAUGUCCCCAUGAAUCCCAACUCGCCACCACGACAACAUUCCAGCAGCUUUACGGAACCAAUUCAGGAACCAAAUUAUGUGCCAAUGACCCCUGGGACAUUUGAUUUUUCUUCAUUUGGGAUGCAAGUCCCUCCUCCUGCUCAUUUGGGCUUCAGGUCCAGCCCAAAGACUCCUCCCAGGAGGCCUGUUCCUGUUGCUGACUGUGAACCACCCCCAGUCGAUAGGAACCUCAAGCCAGACAGAAAAGGUCAGAGUCCUAAAAUUUUAAGACCCAAACCCCAUGGUUUAGAGCGAACUGAUUCACAAACCAUAGCUGACUUUGCUACAAGAAGAAAGGCCAAGCCAGCACCUCUGGAAAUAAAGCCACUGCCAGAGUGGGAAGAGCUGCAAGCCCCAGUCAGAUCUCCCAUCACCAGGAGCUUCGCUCGGAACUCCUCUAGAUUCCCCAUGUCCCCUCGACCUGAUUCUGUGCACAGUACGACAUCGAGCAGCGACUCUCAUGACAGUGAAGAAAACUAUGUCCCCAUGAACCCAAACCUGUCCAGUGAAGAUCCGAAUCUCUUUGGCAGUAACAGCCUUGAUGGAGGGAGCAGCUCUAUGAUCAAGCCCAAAGGAGAUAAACAAGUCGAAUACUUAGAUCUAGACCUAGACUCUGGGAAAUCCACACCGCCUCGGAAGCAAAAGAGCAGUGGUUCAGGCAGCAGCAUGGCUGACGAGAGGGUGGAUUAUGUCGUGGUGGACCAGCAGAAGACUCUAGCCCUGAAGAGCACCCGGGAAGCCUGGACAGAUGGGAGGCAGUCCACAGAAUCGGAAACUCCCACCAAGAGUGUAAAGUGAAGAUACAGCAUUGCCACUGCCGAACAAGCGAGAACUGAGGAAAACAAUAAAUGCCCCGAGACGAUGACGAUGCUUCUACUCUCUCCGUAGAGCCUCAAGCAAGCAGGGACAGAGAAGAGGACCUCUCAGACAUGUUCAAGCAAAUUGAAUUGUAAAUGGUGCUGUGUGGUAUUGAAUUUGUAAUGUGUAAAUAUAUGGGGAAAUAGUGUUUUAGUUCACAGAGAAAAUCUGUCCCUAGUUAACACACCUGUAGUAUUAUUAUUGAUGCACUUUUUCAUUUAAAACAUUGGUUUGGGUCUUCCCGAUGUACCUUAACAGAAUUCCCUUGGGAGUUCUUUUUUGUCUCUUCACACUACUCUGUAUAACAGUACUAAGUGAAAUGAGCUACUUUUAGUUCUGGAAAUUCCAGCCGAAGCUACAGGCUAACACCGUUACAAUGAGAAGCAGGUUCACAAAUUCACUUUUCCCUUAAAGGUGGUAACCAUUAGCUUAAACUAUAGGAUAUGUUUCGAUUUCUUCCUCAUUGUUUUCCAAAAUACUGGGGCUAAUGUAUAUACUGGUGUCAAGACCUAGUUCUUUGGCUCAUGUAUACUUAGGUUUUAAUAGUAGAGCUUUGUAAUUUUUUGUUAAUUACAGUGUUUUUUUUGUUCAUUGCGUGAAGGUCCUGCUGGGCAGGGUCUUGCACCUUUGAGAGACUGACACUAGUCACACUAUUCAGCCCACAAGUCAUCCACUGCAUGGAUCGGUGAUCUGCUCCUACACUUGUUCACAUACAUGUAUUAAACAUUAUUUGCAAAAGGUAGAUUAUAUAACUAAUCAGGUACGUACAGGGCACUGACGUGCUAAUACACUGAUCAGGUUUAGACAAAGUGCUUCAGUUAGGUUUUUGUUAAUCCUAAUAUUGGUUUAGAGUUACUGAAACAGUUGACAUUCACUGUCAGUUACAGCAGCAUACUGUGAUUUUGAAUUAAGUGGACAGUAAUUCGAGAUUACUACUCUUAAUGAGAUUCUCUCUUUGACACCGUAGUGCCCUUCCUAUAAUUCUUUUUACUUAAUAUUCUUCUUGGCCUUAUAUUUAAAUCCCUAUGCAAUUAAUGUUUUAUAUUCGCAUUUUUUAAAAAAAAUCGUCAUUUUAAGUGAUUCUUAUAUGUAGCACCUAUUGCUUUUGUGAGUAAAUGAAUUGAGAAUUUUGUACUGUGAUUUGUGUUCACUGCCCCAAUUCUCGAACCAUUGAAGCCUUGCUGUGCUGUGAAAUCCCGCAGUGGUGAACACCACCCAGCCAGAUCUCUGAAUCUAGCAAAGGAAUGGUGCCCGAGUCUGUCACCUGUAUAUGACACCAUCUGGCGUGGAUGUUCAGACCAUGAAUUAGUGUCACUGUAAUUGCACUUGUCUGUCUUGGCUUUGCCAUAUGACUUGGAAAGCAGCUAGCAUUGUCCACUGUCUGCCCAAGUUACAUACACUCUGAGACUCACUCAUGGCUUGGGGAGGGGACACAGAACAGAAUGUCUGUGGCCAAGGCUUGUCUCCCGCCCUUCAGACCUCUUAACUGUUGCCUGGGUACACACUGUACCCUGAUUUCUGGCCCAGUGGCCACAGUACUGUGCCUAAUCCAUGUACUACGCUUGUUUUCCGCGUCCACACUUGUUUUCCCAGUCCACAGGCUAACUGGUCGUAACUAGAUGAACUAUAGACUAGUAACAUUGGAUGCUUUUAAAUGUUCGCUUCUUUUUAAACAAAAACUAAAACCCAGAACUGAAUUUUGAGGUGGAUUUUUAAAUAAAAAAAAAAAAAAAGGUUGUUUGA